AUGUUGGCAUAUGGUGUACCGGCAGAUGCUACCGACGAGUACAUCAAAAUAGGAGAUUCUACUGCUUUGGAAAGUUUGAAACGAUUUUGCCGUGCUGUUGUCGAGGUCUUUGGAACCCGCUAUCUCCGAUCACCUAAUGUUGAUGAUGUUGCAAGGCUACUAGACAUUGGUGAAAGUCGAGGUUUUCCAGGAAUGUUGGGUAGUUUAGAUUGUAUGCAUUGGAAAUGGAAAAAUUGUCCUAUGGCUUGGGGAGGACAAUACGGUGGUCGUAGUGGAUCUCCAACUAUUAUUCUUGAAGUUGUAGCUGACUAUGAUCUUUGGAUAUGGCAUGCAUAUUUUGGUCUGCCUGGAUCUAACAAUGAUAUUAACGUGUUGGAGGUGUCCUAUCUUUUUGCUGAUCUUGUUGCGGAAGAUGAACGCGACUUUAAUGCACCCAUUGAAGAACGACUCGAAGUGUCAAAUCCAGAAGUUGAGAUGGUGGGUAAUGAUGAUGCUUGA